AUGAACUUAGUGACAGUUUUGGUGCUAACCAGGCCAUCUAUGCGUUCCCCAGUCAACGUCCUUUUAUGCGCAGUGGCUUGUUGCGAUAUACUCGUUGAAGUCUCUUACCUCAUUUUUGUUUUACAUUUUUUAUUGGCUUCAGCAGAUCGUUGUGAACCUUCAGAUUUUAGUUGGUGCUGGGCUGUUUUUAUGAUGUUUCAUGCACAUGCUUCUGUUAUUUUUCACGCUGCAAGUAUUUGGAUGCUUGUAGUUAUGGCUCAACUAAGAGUUUUAACUAUUAGAAGAGCCACGAAAGGGCCAACAACUCCAUUAAUAACAGAACGCUUUACUGCAUUAAUUGCUUUACUCACAACCAUUAUAAUGGAAGAACAAGCAAGCGUUAUUCUUCCAUGUUGGCAACCUUCUACUAAUUAUUUAACGACUGUGCCUUCAAAUUAUAAUACUGGCAUUGAAGGAUUUAUAAAUAUUACUUCACCAAUAAAUAAUACAAAUAAAAUUAGAAGACAUAGACUAAAACGUUUUCAACGAGAACUACCAACUUUAAUUGGAAAUGACCAUUAUAAUAAUUUAACUAAAACGACACAACCUCCCACAAUUUUUAAUAAUGAACCAAUAGUUUAUACAGUUCGUCCACACGAAAGUGAUUGUAUGAAUCUUAAAUUAGCUUUUUGGACAAACGGAAUUUUAUUUAAAGUAAUUCCCUGUAUUUUACUUACAUUUUCUAUUGCUGCUUUACUAAGAAUUAUUGCGGAUGUUGCACAUAAAAGAAAGAACCUGGCACAAGUUAUGCGCAAAAAAGUUCCAAAAGAUCAUACAACUCCAAUGCUUGCUGCAAUUUUAACAAUUUUUCUUCUGGCUGAAUUACCUCAAGGUCUUUUACACGUUUUGAAUGGAAUAUUUUCUUCUGAAUCUUUUCAUAAACGAGUGUAUUUACCUUUGGGUGAUUUAAUGGAUCUACUUUCUCUUUUAAAUUCGGCUGUUGGAUUUUUAAUUUAUGUUGGAAUGUCAAGAAAAUUUCGAACAGUUUUCCUGCAAAUACUCUUUUCAGUUUUACAUUUUAUAUUAAGGGCCGAACUUUGUCUCGCUUCUCUUCCAAUGCUCAAAAGAAACCGUCCUAAACCAAUUUUAAAUCAAUCUAUUCGGAUUAAACAAAAAUCAAAAAAUAAAAAUGGUUCUGGUGGGGCAAUUGUUGUUCAACAAUCACUCAGAAAAUUAGAGCAACGUUUGGCUGAGGAACGAGAAUUUUCUGAAGUUUUGGGAAAUUUAAUUGACAACAAAUAUUUUCUUCUUCGAAAUAAACAACAAAAAAAUUUAAAAACAAAUUUCAGACAAAAAUCUUCCCCUCAUUCCUUAGUUCACGCAAUGAGUGAAAAAUCAACGUGUUCCUCAUCCUCAUCUUUUAUGAAAAAAAGAAAUUUAAAGCGUCAAAGAGAACCUUUAAAACUUCGAUCUUUCUCAACUAUAUCUACUUGCCAAGAAUCCUUUUAUUCUAAAAAUUUUCUUAAAAAUAACCAAAGUAAUUGUAUUACUGCCACCUUAGCCUUGCCUGAAAAUAAAAUGAUUGAAGAAAAUAAUUAUGAAACUGAUAGAAUAUCAAAAAGAUAUAUUAAUCGAAUGGCCGAUUCUCGAAGAAAUAAAUGUCCAUGUUUCAAAAAAUUUUCGACAAAUGAUUGGGAAAAUGGAAAUGAAGAAGAAAAAGAAUAUUGCAAAGCUAUUUUCCUAAGAAAACAAAAACAACAACAAUUUUCCCAAAGUCAUUAUUCAAUUGCUGAACAACCAAGUUGUUGCUGCAAUAGUACAAUUUUGCCAAUUGUUUCUAAUGGUGGAGGAAAAGGGGAAAUUUUAAAUAAUGAAGGAAGGAGUUAUUGUAAAUGGAAAUGUAGGAAUGGAGGUGGAAGAGGAAGAAAAAUUAAGGAAAAGAAGAAAAAAAUGCAGGAUGAUGAAUAUGGUUGGCUUAGUUGGAGGAGAUUAUCUAGAAGUAGAACAACAGAAUUCACUAAUAGAACGGAACAGUUAUCAAUCUGCCCAAGUAGCAUUCUCGGCCUUCCUCCAAUUACCCUUGCCGCUUCUUGUUCAGCUGGUAUAACUGCAGCAGCUGCUUCUGUAGGCGUUCAUUUACUCCAAUUGGAGGCUUCUCCUUCUGCAUUAGAAACACCUGAUCAAGAAAAAUUAUCUCCAUUUGGUUCUCUACUUUUAUUGCCAAAAAUUGAUCAAUCUAGAAGAGCCAGUAAUGAAAGUCAACAAAGCUAUAAUAAUCAAUUUUUGGAUGUUCCAGACCAAAAAAGGGCUUCUUUUCUUUCCUUAAGAGAGGAAAGAAGAAGAGCAACACUUGAAACUAAUCAAAAUUUAAAAAGGCCUGAAAAACGAAUUUCUUUUAAUUUACCUCAUCAAAAAUUGACAAAAAAUUUAAAUGAAAAUGAAAUAAAUUUUAAGAAAAAUAGAGGAAUAGCCCAAUUACGAAGAAAUUUUCUUCUUUCUAUUGCAAGUAAAAGGAGAGAAUCAGUUAAAGAUAUCGAGGGGCAAAUGGAAGAUAAAAAUGUUGGUUGGUUAAAUUUAUAUUUUGAAUAAUAGUUAAGAGUAAAAGAUAUUUUAAAGAAGAUUUUUAAACUAGAAAUUAAGAUUUUGAUUGAGAAUGAGUGAGAGGGAACAAGACAAAUUAUGUUUGAUUACAUUGCCAGACAAUACUUAUUCAUUAUCGGCAUCCCCUCUCCCCUGGAUAAAUCCAGAUUUAAAACAUUUUUACUUCAUAAUUUAAAAUAAUUUAUUUCAGAUGUUUCUGAGCUAACUAAAAAAUCUCUCUUAAAAAUUGAAUCACCUAAAGAGAAUCAGCAACAACAAAAGAGAAGAUUAUCAACUUCUUUAUUUAAAGCAUUACUCGGCAGAUUUCCUCAAAAUAAUUCUGAAAGAUCAAUUGAUUCUGUAUCAAACAGUCCACACAGGAAAAUGUAUACACUUUCUGCUGAAACUAAUUAUGUUGGAUGGACACCU